GCUGCCAAGUGUGCAGGACAGGAGCCAGCCCCAGCUCAGAGCUCACCUCCAAUUAAUUGCUCCAUCGGUUAGCCUAGCCAGAUCUGCAACAAGGAGAUUAGAUCAGAGAUGGCAAUGGCCAAAGCCAUCUUCGCCGUCGCGGCCGUGGCCGCUCUGGUGGUGCAGCUCGCCGCCGCCGGUGUGGACCACCCGGUGGGAGGCAACGGCGCGUGGGACGCCGCCGGCACAAGCUACAACGCAUGGUCCGCAAAGCAGACGUUCAAGCAGGGCGACACCAUGUCGUUCAAGUACGCGUCGUCCCACGACGUCACCGAGGUCACCAAGGCCGGCUACGACGCCUGCUCCGGCAGCAGCCCCAUCAAGUCCUACACCGACGGCGCCACCACCAUCCAGCUUACCUCCCCGGGCAAGCGCUACUUCAUCUGCAGCAUCCCCGGCCACUGCGCCGCCGGCAUGAAGCUCGAGGUCACCGUCGCCGCGCCCGCGGUCACCGCGCCCGCGCCCACCAAGAGCAAGCCACGCCACCAGAGGAGCGUCGCGUCCACCCCGGCCCCCGCAGUGGCUCCUGCUGCUGGGCCAUCCACUGACGAGCUGCCCGCCGUGUCGUCUCCCACGGCGGCGGCGCCGCCCAAAUCGUCCGGCGCGGCCAGCAUUGGCAUGCUCGGAGCCAAAGCUGUCGUGGGGCUCGCCGUGGCCGUGGCCUUGGCCAUGUGAGGGUCUUCGUGCCAUGCAUGAUUUUGCAGAUGAUUAAUUACGUGCGGCGAAGUGGCGAUCUCAUUGUUGCUGACAAGUUUGCGGGUUUCUUUUUUUUAUUUUCUUUACCUUCUGUUACCGUCUACGUGAUUAGUCUAUGUAUUUGUUGUUAUUAUUGAUCGAAUAAAGCUAUACUCAACUCUUUAAUAUAUUCAUUUA